AUGGGGUACAACGAUGAUCUUAUUCAAAGGAAAUUCCAUACCACACUCGGGUAUUCACAUUCUUUCAGCAAUGUUCAUUAUAGUUCUGAAGUCAGGGACAGGGCUCAGUUGACGUCAAAUGUAAAUUAUGAUGUCACCAGUGGAACGCGCGACGGACCGGAAGUACGCGAUGACGAACAGCCAAAAAGUGAUACUGAAUCUUCAGGCAAGCUACAAAGUGAAAGGCAUUCAGGUACAUCGUCGGCAAAUGGAAAAAGGAAACAGAGACGCUACCGUACAACUUUUACUAGCUACCAGUUAGACGAGCUUGAAAGAGCAUUUCAGAGAACUCAUUAUCCCGAUGUAUUCUUGCGCGAAGAAAUGGCAAUAAAAGUAGAUCUUACAGAAGCUAGGGUUCAGGUAUGGUUUCAGAACAGACGUGCAAAAUGGAGAAAACAACAGAAAGUUAUAGACAAGAAUGUCAGUAUGCAACAGGCUUUACACAUCCAGACACGAACACCACCAUAUUCUGGAAAUGACCAUAUUUCACCUAUGACCCAGUUUUCAAACAUGGCGUUACCAUAUUUCCAAAACAACGCCGGUGUUGAUUGGUCACAGACAUUUUCAAAUUCUAUAACUCCGCCCGUGACGUCAUAUUUACAAAACGAUGAAAAGACAAUGAAUGUAGAACUUAAAUGUUGAAAUGUUUAAAACUGAGUAGCUCUAUCUGUUUACACUGUGAAAGUAAAUUAGGUUGCUCGAGUUUUCUUUGACAGAAGUCAAAUAUAUUUUACAAAAACUGUUUCCAUCAUUUGCAGCUAUAGUUGUUGUGAAAGUUGCAAAAUGGUCUCAAUUUUCUUUCAUAAAGGACUCAAUUGUUGAAGUAAAACACCACAGCUGAUUUGUUUAUUUUUGUUUUAAGUUUGUUACGUUGGUUUGAAGUUAAAUCGACACGUGCCUGGACACAUUGGAGCUCUAAGCUAAGCUUUUAAUUUAACCUUUAGCCUGCAUGCGACAAGUGAUUCUGUCUUUGCGACCAGUGCAGACCAAGGAUGUGCACUGUUCGCUAUUCUGUCAGUAAAUUUCAGUGAACACCCCAUUGAAUAACAAGUGGUAGUGCCCUGAUUCAAUGAUGGGCUAGUCAAUUUUAGAAAUUUAGCAGGCUAAGGGUUAAAAGCUUCCUUAGUUUGGGUCAGUUCAGGCAUGUUAUGAACCGUCGUGAUAAGCACGUGGCCAGAUGGAUUACCCAGUAAAGCGCACCUAGAAUCCAAAUCAGUUAGGUCAAGUGCUUCGAAGAUAGCUAUUGUAACCACUCAGCCACGCAGGCACCCAAAAUCAUAGAUUUACAUACCCUGUUACAUACAAUGAUAAGAUUUCAUUCUUUACCAUUUUUAUGCAUUGUGCUGACAAAAUUUUCGAAUAACACAAUUAUAGAAACGGUGUCAGGACCCACACAUAUAUAUAAUUAAAUUGUCAGUUAUUUUUCAAGUUAAUGAAUGUUAGAAUGCAAGCGGUCGCGUGUUCUACUUGGAAGGGGGACAAACCUGAACAGACAGAAACUAGUGCUAUUCAGACAUUAUCUACCAUAGCUAAUACAGCUACCUGGGCUGCUAAAAUAAAGUGCAAGUACGGAUUACAUUCGUAUUAAGAGUGUCCGACGAUGAGACGAGUUUUGGACGAUGAGACGAAAAGUGAGGAACGGAAUUCAAGUGGAAAUACGCAUACAAUUAUAAAAUAUUUGAACAGUAAAUUGAUAUUGUUAUUUGUUAUUCAUUAAAUUGGAUAUGAAUGUAUGCGUAAGACGAUUAAUUAGGCUACUGUUGAUAAGACUUAUCAACAAUGAAUAAUCAAAAGACUAAGGAUGAACUGCGGGAAUACUUGUGGAAGGAGAUGUGUGAGCUGCUUGAUGAGACAACAUUGACAAGAAAUGGAUUAAAUGACAAUUUCCUUGAAAUUAUGUAUUUAUAUAUACAUGUAUGUCAUUCAAAACCUUCGUUUAUAUGUAUUUAUAUUCAAAUAUCAUUCAAAUCCUAUUAUAUCAUUAAUUCAAACCCUAAUGCCACAAUCAUUUAUGUCAUGUCUUACAUGUAGAUAUAAGUUCACAUCCUUGCUACAAUCUAAUAAAAUAUGAUAUAAGGCUAUGAAUUCUGCAGAUAAGAGGUAAUGAACGCUGCUAUACCUGUUCCCCAUUUAGGAAAAAAUA